UUUUUUGUACAAAAUUGUAUUGUUUUACACCUCUAAUUAAAUAAGCAUGAAUAGGAACGAUAGGAUGGAAGUUUCCGUUCAGCAGAUGGCUAAAUGUCUCUGGAUACUAAAUAAGCCGCACACGGCGACACAACUAUUGAGAGCUUGUAGAGUUAAUUUGAAGGGCACAGCUCGCCAACAAUAUAAAUUAAAAAAGACAGUUAAAGAUUAUUUGGAAAUUGGCGUACAAAACGGAUCUAUAAUAAGGAGCAAGUAUCACAGUUAUGCUGCAUCGCCAAGUUUCAGUUAUUAUGAAACAAUGCCAAAUCCUCCUAGAUUUUAAUAAGGACUAAAUUGACGUUGCCCCAUAUUUUAUAAUUUCUCCACAAUUGGUUUCGCGAUUCAUUUUAUUUAGGCCGUCUGUCUAAGUACAAUCAAAUAACAUACUAGCUGUGAAAUAAUAACUAAUUUAAAUAAAAAUGUUUUGAGGAAUAAAACCAAAUAAAUUUAGACCAAGAGAAUCUGCUUCAAUGAUGCAAGUAUUUACACCAAAGUCACAUCACGCGAACAGCUAAUUAAAGUUAAACAAGUAAGCAAACUCUGGCUGAUUAAAGUAAAUUAUUCCUACCUGAUAUACAUACACAAUGUGUAUUACACAUAUUGCUAUUUGAUUGCAAUGAACCCUGUUUGUCUAUCAGCCAAUGAGAGUGUCUCAAUCUGUUGCCAAUCCAAAAUGGCCGCAUACUCGACCUGUCACAGAUGCGCUUACAAGCCGUAAGGGUCAAGCACAGCAGUCACUUCUAACGAUGCAACAUCCGAGCGACCAGCCCACCUAUAUGCCCGAUGUACCAUUUCAGCCGCUGUGGAGUCAAGAGGCCCCUCCACCGCCGCCGAUAGUGCCGUAUCAAGAACUUAUAGCUGGAUUCCCUUGUUCUGAUUUGUCACUGUGGCAAAGAUCUCAGGUGGCACCUUUAGUUAAUCAACGUCCAAGUACUAAUGGGCGCACAAAUGGGUCUUCUUCGUCUUCCUCCAAGAAAACUCGUCGUCGAGUUGCAUCCAUGGCCCAAAGACGCGCCGCCAACAUUCGAGAACGCCGUCGCAUGUUCAAUUUGAAUGAAGCUUUCGAUAAGCUGCGACGCAAAGUGCCCACAUUCGCAUAUGAGAAACGACUCUCUCGUAUCGAAACUCUUCGUCUGGCAAUAACGUAUAUUGGCUUUAUGGCAGAGCUGCUAAGUGGCACGCCUUCCAACUCCCACAAAUCACGUUCGGAUAUCUACGGUGGAAUGAACGGACAUCAUCAUCCUUCGAAUGUUGCUCCAGGGCCUCCAAUGCAUCCACAUCAUCUACAUCCUUCGGCUUAUCAGCGUGACUUUGCCUCGCCUUACAACCACAGCCUAACCUAGAGCUUCCCAAGACCUAGGAGUAAUGACUCCAAUAUUCUCUGAAGUUUCUGUUAUAAUUUUUGAUAUUUAAGCUUAAAGUUAAAGAUAUGUAUGUAUAUUGAAAUGUGAGAAUAGAACAAUGUUACAUAAGAAUUCUGAAUUACAAAUAUUGCACCUUAUGGUUUUAAGAGAUUGACUAUGCGGUAUCAAUGAAUUUAAUUUUGAGUGUAGUCCUGUGUACUGCACUAAAUUAUCAUUAUCAUCAUUAUAUGCUAAAAAUAAAUAACACACAUUUAAAACGUGCUAAA